AUGUUGAGCAUGCCGGGCACACAACCGAUGCAACCGAUGCCAGAUUUUAAGUCUGAGCUGAACCAGUUCUUGCAGAAACAUACCAAGAGACCGUUGGGCAAGAAUGACAUUGAGUACACCAUCAACAGAUAUGGACACCAACAACAGGCCAUUGUAAAACUACAUUGCAUGGAUGGCCAAGAGUACGCGGGUCACUUGUGCUUAGACCAAAAGAGCGCCGAAAAGUCGGCGGCAGAGCAAGCUUUGCAGGCGAACGCUCAUUUGGUGCAGGCUCUCAAGGAGGCGGGCAGUGGAAAGAGACCAGCACCCAAAUCUGCAGCCGAGGACAUGGCGGACAAGAGAGCACGAAUGGAAGAAAAUCCUGCCUUGACUCCAAAGACUGAGUUGAACUCCUUAAUUGGCAAGAUUGCCAAGAAAGUCUUGGCCAAAGGUGAAACUAUUUACGUGUCCAACAGGAUUGGAAAUCAGUAUCAGGCCACGGUGCAGAGCGUCGCCUUGCCGGACGAGUGGGCACAACGGGCUUGGGCGGGCGAAUUGUGUGCCACACGACAAAAAGCGGAGCAGAGUGCCGCGGAACAAGCACUCAAGGACAUCAAGACUGAUCCUGUCCUUAUGGCCGAGGCCAUGACGGUCAAGAACAAGCAAGGUGCCAAAGUACCCGUCGGUAAGAAAGGUUGGGGCUACAUGAUGGAAAUGAUGAAGAACUUUCUGCAGAAUGGUGGCACAGCAAUGUUCCGGGAAGCGGUGACCACAGAUUUUGUGACCGGCAGUGUCAUAGAGUGGAAGGGAAAGUUUGGAUGGAUAAAGCCAGACUCUCCGAUCGACCACGAAUGGGCAAAGUACAGAGAUGGAAAGAUUUGGGUUUCCAAGCAGGACUUGUCAGGUUUGGAAGAGCUAAGUGAAGGCCAAAGAGUCCAAUUCAAAGUCUAUGUGGACCCAAGCGGAUUGGGAGCUGAAGAGACCAGCCUGGCUUGA